AUGGACAACGGGCGAUAUGUAGUUCAUUUACCAUUUAACGAUUCGAAUAUUCAUUUAGGCGAGUCGCGGUCCGUCGCACUUAAACGCUUAUUGACAUUAGAAAGCAAAUUGAAUAAAAAUCCGGGUUUGAAAAAAGAAUACACGCAAGUAAUCGACGAGUAUAAGAGAUUGAAUCACAUAUCGUUGGUAAAUUCCCCCGAGGACGACGGAUUUUACAUGCCACACCACGCCGUUGUAAAAAAUUCAAGUAAUACGACCAAGGUCCGCGUCGUGUUCGAUGCGUCGGCUAAGUCCAAGAACGGUGUAUCAUUAAAUGACGCGCUAAUGAUAGGACCUACGUUACAAGACAAAAUCUUUACACAUUUAAUUCGUUUCCGUACGUACAAUUACGUAAUCACGGCGGAUAUCGAAAAAAUGUAUCGUCAAGUGCUAAUUCACGAUGACGACCGUAGAUUCCAACGGAUUUUAUGGCGCGAGGAAGGCGAAAUUAGAACAUAUCAAUUGAACACUCUUACAUUCGGCGUAUCGUCGUCACCGUACUUAGCAAUUCGCACUCUCCAUCAACUCGCGGACGACGAAGGCCAUUCAUAUCCGAACGCGGCAGAAGUUCUUAAGAAUCACAUGUAUGUGGAUGAUUUAUUAACCGGCGGAAAAUCCAUUGAACAAGUUCGAGCGAUUAGAAACGAGAUUAUAGCACUGUUAUCACGCGGCGGCUUUCCCAUUCGACAAUGGGCUUCAAAUGACGCGCGAAUAAUAAAUGAUUUACCCAACCACGCACUACACGCUAGUUAUGUAUUCGCGGAUGAACGAAAUUUGAAGACCCUCGGCAUUUCGUGGAACACUCGCGACGAUAAAAUAUAUUAUUCAACUCACGCGAUUAAAAUCACCGGUAUCGUAACAAAAAGAAAAAUACUAUCUGAAAUAGCGAAAAUUUUCGACCCAAUAGGCCUGCUAGGACCGGUAGUUCUGUACGCCAAGCGUUUAAUUCAAGACGUGUGGAAAAGUGGGGUUCAAUGGGACGAGUCGAUACCACAAUCUAUAUACACGGAGUGGACAGAAUACACCAGACAAUUAGAAUCAUUAAAUCAAAUCACCUUUGACCGUAAAUUAUUCUUGGAAGAAUACUGCGAAGCUCAAUUACAUGGAUUCUGCGACGCCAGUGUCACGGGAUACGGUGCAUGCGUAUACGUUCGAUCCGUCGGACGGGAAGGAGGUAUAGUCGUUAGACUGUUGUGCGCGAAAUCGCGAGUAGCUCCACUAAAAACAGUUACAAUUCCUCGACUCGAACUAUGCGGUGCGUUGCUUCUAGCCCGGUUAUACAAAGAAGUCAUCAGCGCAUUAAAUAUUAAAUUUAAUAAGAUUAUCUUUUGGUGCGAUUCGACCAUUGUACUACACUGGUUGAGAACACCUCCACACGCACUUAAGACUUAUGUCGCGAAUCGCGUUGCGGCAGUACAAGAAAUCACGAAUUUAGUCGAAUGGCGUCAUAUAAGAACCGAAAAUAAUCCAGCUGACGCGAUUUCGAGGGGGCAAUUACCCCACGCGUUUUUACAAAAUAAUACAUGGACAGUAGGACCUUCGUGGUUAAGUAAGGGUGAAAACGCUUGGCCUCACGAGAUUUUGCGAACGGUCGAAAUCAUAGAAUUAAGAAAAAAUAUUUGUUUAACAACGACCACAAGAGAUUUCAGUAUAUUAGAAAGAUAUUCCUCGUACUCGAGGUCGUGCCGAGUCGUAGCCUAUUGUCUCCGAUUUCGGCCUAAGAAUACAUAUAAAGGGCUGUUAUCUCCGAAGGAAAUAAAUGAAGCUGAAAUUCAGAUAAUAAGACUGCUUCAAGCAUCACAAUUUCCCAAUGAAUUUAAGAAAUUAAAUAACAACCAAUCGCAUCUAAGUAGGUUUGCCAAUCUAAAUCCGUUUAUUGAUAAAAACGGCCUACUACGCGUCGGCGGUCGUCUUCAAACGUCAGAAUUAACAUACUCGCAGAAACAUCCGAUUCUCCUUCCGAGCCGUAAUCGAAUCACCGAUCAAAUCAUUCGGGAAAUACAUGAACGGUACUAUCACACAGGCAUUCAAACGACACUGUAUACAUUGAGACAAAGAUUUUGGCUACUCGACGGCCGAAAUCAGGCAAUACAUCUCGAAACCGUAAGCGAUUUGUCAUCUGAAGGUUUUCUCGCGGCAUUAAGGAGGUUCGUCGCAAGGAAGGGCUUACCUAAUCAUAUUUAUUCUGACAACGGGACCAAUUUUGUCGGUGCAAAUAAUCAGUUAAAGGAGCUCUAUGCUUUGUUUAAUUCGAAUGAACACAAGGAAUUGUUAAACAAGUACUCAGUCGAACACCGCGUAUCGUGGCAUUUCAUACCGCCCGCCGCCCCCCACUUCGGUGGACUAUGGGAAUCCACCGUAAAAAUUUUUAAGCAUCAUUUGAAACGCGUGGUGGGGGAUCUACUAUUCACAUUCGAAGAAUUUAACACCUUUAUAAUCGAAAUUGAAGGUAUCCUCAACUCCAGACCCAUUACCGCUUUAUCCUCAGAUCCGAACGACUUACUCGCGCUUACGCCGGCCCACUACUUAAUUGGUAGACCCAUAAUAUCACUCCCGGAAGGCGAGCUUCUUUCUGUUGCAGCAAAUCGAUUAUCCACGUGGCAACACAUUACUAAAGUUCGACAAAAUUUCUGGUCGCGUUGGCAAUUAGAAUAUUUAAAUGAGCUGCAAAAACGGAGUAAGUGGUCCAAGGGGUCAUCCAACAUCAAAAUUGGAACCAUCGUUCUUAUAAAAGAACGAAAUCUACCUUCCACACAAUGGAUAUUAGGUAGAAUUAGCAAAAUAUACCCAGGUGACGAUGGCAUAGUACGAGUGGCCGAUGUUAAAACAGCACACGGGCUGGUCAGGCGAGCUACGAAAUAUUUGUGCCCCCUUCCAGUCGAGCAGUGA